UAGUGGACCGGGCGAUCUUAUGCAGGCGUUUGUAUAGAUUUCUUUUUGAUGUAGUUAGUGCUGACAACCUGUUACUUGGAUAUAUUCUCUAAAUCUGGAUUUAAAAAAAAGGUUAUCCAUGGACAUUAACAGUGCCAGCACUAUUGUUCUGCAGGCCUUGACCCAGGCCACCAGCCAGGAUACCGCUGUAUUGAAACCAGCAGAGGAACAGCUCAAGCAAUGGGAAACACAGCCAGGCUUUUACUCUGUGUUACUGAAUAUCUUCACAAAUCACUCGCUUGAUGUAAAUGUUCGAUGGCUGGCUGUUUUAUAUUUCAAGAACGGGAUUGAACGCUACUGGAGACGAGUUGCUCCUCAUUCUCUUUCAGAGGAAGAGAAGUCCUCGCUGCGAGCAGGUCUUAUCACUAACUUCAACGAGCCAGUGAAUCAGAUUGCAACUCAGAUUGCAGUGCUGAUAGCCAAAGUUGCCAGACUGGACUGCCCUCGCCAGUGGCCAGAACUGAUUCCCAUCCUGCUGGAGUCAGUGAAGGUCCAGGAUGGUCUCCAGCAGCACAGGGCAUUGCUGACAUUUUACCAUGUGACCAAGACCCUGGCCUCUAAACGAUUAGCUGCAGACAGGAGACUUUUUCAAGAUUUGGCAUCUGGCAUCUACAGCUUUGCCUGCUCUCUUUGGAAUCAUCACACGGACACCUUCCUACAACAGAUCUGUGCCGGAGAUGAAGCUGCUGCCAUCAGUUCACUGGAAAGAACUUUGCUUUCUUUAAAAGUUUUACGGAAGCUUACGGUGCAUGGGUUUGUCGAGCCACAUCAGAACAUGGAGGUUAUGGGGUUCCUCAAUACAGUUUUUGAGAGACUAAAACAGUUCUUGGAGUGCUGCAGACAAGUUGGCCCAGACAGCAACUGCAGAGAAAAGCUAGAGAAGACCAUUUUACUAUAUACAAAAGUUCUUUUAGACUUUUUGGAGUAUCACCCAUACCCUUUCAUCCCCCUGAUUCAACGUUCUCUGGAGUUUGCUGUCAGCUAUGUUUUCACAGAGGCUGGCAAGGGAAUUACAUUUGAGCGGUUCAUAGUCCAGUGCUUGAACCUGAUUAAGACGAUUGUGAAAAAUGAUGCCUACAAGCCUGAAAAGAACAUUGAAGAUAGCAAGCCAGAAACUCUUGAAGCUCACAAGAUAAAAACAGCAUUCUUCACCUACCCGACACUGACUGAGAUUUGUAGAAGACUGGUGUCUCACUUCUUCUUGUUAACAGAAGAGGAGCUUGCAAUGUGGGAGGAGGACCCUGAAAGUUUUGCAGUGGAAGAGACAGGUGGGGACUCUUGGAAGUAUAGUCUCAGGCCUAGUACAGAAGUUCUGUUUUUGGACAUUUUCCACAAUUAUAGUCAGACGCUGACUCCUCUUCUUUUAGAGAUGGUUCAAAAUUUGCAUGGACCGACUAACGUGGAGGAUUCUGCUCAUCUGCUGAUUAAAGAUGCUGUUUAUAAUGCAGUGGGACUGGCAGCUUAUGAACUGUUUGACAAUGUGGACUUCGAUCAGUGGUUCAAGAACCAGCUUUUGGCUGAACUUCAUGUCAGUCAUAAUAGUUACAAGCUUAUCCGGCGCAGGGUGAUAUGGCUGAUUGGACAGUGGAUUUCUGUGAAAUUCAAGUCUGAAUUACGACCCUUGUUAUAUGAGGCCAUCCUAAAUCUGAUGCAAGAUCCUGAUCUGGUGGUCCGCAUUGAGACAGCAACAACAUUGAAACUUGCUGUGGAUGAUUUUGAAUUCAGAACGGAACAGUUUUUGCCAUACCUGGAGUCCAUUUUCAGCCUGCUCUUCCAGUUGCUUCAGCAGGUGACAGAGUGUGACACCAAAAUGCAUGUCCUCCAUGUGAUCUCUUGUGUCAUUGAAAGAGUAAAUGUGCAGAUCAGGCCCUAUGUAGGGUGCUUGGUGCAGUACCUGCCUCUCCUUUGGAAACAGUCAGAUGAACACAAUAUGCUGCGGUGUGCCAUCCUCACAACACUCAUUCAUCUGGUUCAGGGUUUAGGAGCAGAAAGCAAGAACCUGUAUCCAUUCCUCUUACCAGUUAUUCAGCUGAGCACAGACGUUACCCAGCCUCCACAUGUCUAUCUGCUAGAGGAUGGUUUAGAAUUAUGGUUAGUGACACUGGAGAACAGCCCAUCCAUCACACCCGAUCUGCUGAGAAUCUUUCAGAACAUGCCUGCACUGCUAGCAAUGAGUUCGGAAAACCUUCGGACCUGCUUCCAGAUUGUUAGUGCUUACCUCUUCUUGUCAUCGUCUGAAUUUUUACAGAAUUAUGCUGCAGCCCUUUGCCAGUCAUUUUGUGAACUGUUGAAAGACAUAACCACUGAAGGCCAAGUCCAAGUACUAAAGGUUGUCGAAAUUGCCAUAAAAGUGAACCCUGCCCUGGGCACACACAUGUUCCAGUCUCUUCUGCCUUCAGUCUUCAGAGGUGUGAUAGAUGGGGAGAGGUACCCUGUAGUUAUGUCUACUUACCUGGGUGUGAUAGGAAGAGUGUUGCUACAAAAUGGUAGCUUUUUUUCUUCACUUCUCACACAGAUGGCAGUGGACUUCCAUCAAGAGAUGGAUCAGCUCUUGGGCAGCUUGAUUGAGAUGUGGGUGGACCGAAUGGACAACAUUACACAGCCAGAAAGAAGAAAGCUUUCAGCUUUGGCAUUGCUGUCACUGCUUCCCUCGGACAACAGCGUCAUCCAAGAUAAAUUCUGUGGAAUCAUUAAUAUUUCUGUAGAGGCAUUGCAUGAUGUAAUGACGGAAGACCCAGAAACCAGAACCUUUAAAGACUGUAUGCUAAUGUCUCACUUUGAGGAGCCCAAACUAACAGAGGAUGAGGAGCCUCCCACAGAGCAGGAUAAGAGGAAAAAAAUGCUUGCACUGAAUGACCCAGUACACAGCGUGCCACUACAGCAGUUUGUCUACGAGAAACUAAAAGCCCAACAAGGACUAAUUGGAGACCACAGCUUCCAAGCCCUUAUGGAAACCGUGGACACAGAAAUUGUCAGUCAGCUGCAAGAGUUUCUGCACGGCCUGUGAAAAAAAAAAAGAAAAGAAAUCCAGAUUCAGACACAGAAAAGGAAAGCGCGUGUUAUAGAGCUGAACAUUACCAAUGCUUCCAUUAAAUUCUUCAGUUUGCUUCAUUGUUUUAGUGUGGGCAAAAGCAGUAAGUAACAAACAUACCUGCCACCCAAGCAGGCACUUUGGACUGUGCAAGUUUUUAAUUGCAGCACCAGGCAGUGUUUUCAGAUAUAUUCAUAAAAAAGGGGGGGAGUGUACUUUUGUAUUUAUAUAAAUUAACAUUUUGCAUGAAGUAUAGCAUAUUGCUCACAGAGAUGUAUUAUAAAACAGAUUGGCUUCAAAAC